AGGCACUUUGGCUGAAGCGCGACACAUUAUCCCCACGCAACUCUGCUACAUUUCCUAAUCGACGUUUGUCCUCGUCAUGAAAGCCGUCGUGGCUCUUCUUUGGGUUUCACUCGAACGGAGCAUGACCUUGACGACGCGGGAUGCAACAGAAGUCAGCGUCGGCGUCCAUGCCAGCCCAGUCGAACCAGAAGAAGUUGACCCAGACGACAUCGAGGUGCGGGAAUGGAUGGGCACAGAAGGUAUGGCGAUUGUCGAGAAAGAGAUCGCCGCUGGGCAUGCCGCCCUCUCGACCAGCUUGCAAACCAUUGACGGGCUCUUCGGCGCUCGGAAGAGUGUCAACCCGAUGCCUAUCUCUACGAUCUGCGAGGCUAUCGGCGUGAACACGCAAGCGUGUGGAAGAGUCGGGGAAUACCUGGGCCGCCUCGCCAAUGUCGAGACAAGGGUGUCCGUGAAGGUUCCGAAGUUCGCAACUAGCGUUCCUUGCGACGUCUUGUUUGCAACUAGUUUGCGCAAACUAUGCGAGCUUCCCGCGAGCGGCCCUUCCCUGGUCUACAGGGCUGACAUCUGCAAAGCCCUCUCUUCUGCUCCGCACGCCAUUGGAGAAGGGCAUGCGCUCUUCAAGUUUGGCGAUCGAAGGGAUUCGAGCGCGUGCUUUCCCACCUUUUACAAAACUCGUCUCCUGAAGAAGCGUGAUGAGAACUACGUUCUCUUGGAUUUGAAUCACGGGCGGCAUUGGGGUCCAAUGAAAAAGGUUGCCGACGCUGACAUUCCAUGGGCGUCCAAAAACGCAACGCUUGUCUGGCGAGGGGUGUCGACUGGCAAGUGCGAUACAGGAGCUGUUAACUCGCGCAUGAUGCUCUGCAAUAAGUGGUACAGCUCCACGGACUCCAGAAUUGACGUUGGCAUGACUGCGGUCGUCCAGAAUUGCCAUUUGGCGAGCCGGUACAAGAAGUCUGAGAAGUCCAUGGAGUCGUUGUUAGUAUCAAAAUAUCAUCUCCUUGUGAAUGGCAAUGACAAGCCCUCCGGCUUGAACUGGGUAUUGUUUUCAAAUUCUGUUCCAUUCAUGGUCGAACCUGACAUUGAGAGUUGGCUACUAGAAGCAUCUUUGAAGCCCUGGGAACACUACAUCCCAAUCAAGCCAGACUUCUCAGACCUCAGUGAGAAGGUCAACUGGGCGGUGCAGAACGACGGCGAGGCAGAGCGAAUCGCAAAGGCGGGGAAGGAGUACGUCCAGCAGUUCGGGACCACUGAGGAGGAGAUGGCCGUACAGGCAGCGGUACUGGCCGCGUACGUCGACCGCAUGGAUAUCACAGACGGCGGGGCCAGUGUCAAGCUUGAGGGCACUUGCUAGCUCGACGGCCAGUGAUGGAAGGUUGAGGAGAGGCUCUAGGCCCUACUUCUCGACUUCUCUCCAUCGUCCUCUUCAGAACCUCGUCCUCCUCAUCCGCCUCCUCUUCCUCAUCCCCCUCUUGUUUUGUUUUGUCUCUGUCUCUCUCUCUCUCUCUCUUUCUCUUUACGUAGUUAUCCUCCCUGAUUCUGUGAUGAGUACAUUGAGUCAGAGUUUAGGUUCGCGCGAUCGGUGCCUUGUGUGCUUACAUACCCUCCUCCCCGGUUCUGUGAUGAACACAUUGAACCAGAUAUUAAGUUUGCGCGGUCGGUGCCCUGUGUGCUCUGGUCGGACGCGGCUGUUCGAACGCGCCUGAACAGAGA